GAGAUUCGCAAUCGCAUAUACCACUUCACCAAGGAGAAGGUGUAUGAUGAAUGGCUGACACCACCACUGCUGAGCAGGGGCCACAAAAAUCCAAUUGGAGGCACUGUCAGCCCAAGUCAACUAGGCACUCUGCGCUAUCGUGCAUUCACUCAAGUCUGCCAGCAGAUUCGGGCCGAGUUCCGGCCUAUCUGGCUUCGCCAAUCGUGCUUCCGUAUGGAGCUCCCAGCAGUUGCUCAAUUUAUCAAAACGUACUACCCUAAAGUCACGGAUUAUCAGAACGCCCCGAAGCUUCUACUGAUUUCUUGGGAUCAUGGACUCAUUGAAGAUGAGUUUGGAGAAGUCUAUGAAGACUUUGACGGCCUUGACGAGGAUUCGAUGGAGGAUGUUCUGACAGACAUCACGCUCCUGGUCCGUCUGCGCGCGCAUUGCCCCACCUUUACUGCCAAAUUCGUCUCCCGCCGGGUACUCGAAGACGAUGUGCCGAACUGCCCAUGCGGUGAUUGUGGACAUAGUAUUCAUUGCGCAUGCGAUGACUACUGCGAUCACGAAGACGCUUUCGAUAUAGCACGCUUGGAAAUGGAGGAGAGCUAUCGGUACUUGAAGGGACUAAACACAUUUCUCAGUAACAGCAACAAUUCCUGGCUCAAGAUCUUCCGCGACACCGUCCGUGUAGGUACUCUCGUGGAGUUCACUUUCGACAUCAACACUCAACAUCCCACUGUCUUCAUUCGCUUCCCUCAAGGUUGCGCUCCUAAAGGAUUUCAUUUGAAGAACAUGUACAGCUGUUCUCUAGUCCUUCUCGACCGCCUGGGUAUGUUGGAUCUCGAGCACUACGAGCUACUUGACUAUGUUAUCGGCGAAGCAACUGGCAAAUAUACGCUUCAUGUGGGCGAACAUGGUUUACAGGUACACUACAACCAGAUUCACUUUGAUGGACGUACCAUCGCCAGCUGGAAGAAAGGGAAGGAGGCUAAGGCAUCGACUCCCUAG